AUGACCUCCAUUCUUACCGACUCCAACUUGAGUCUGGCUUUCCGAAGUAAUCAUGACAUCAGUAGGACUCGAGAAGUUGCUGAUUCCCAAGACGUUCCGAACAGAUUUUUCUCUCGGAUAAAGCAGGAUUCAUUGUACAGGAAAAAGAUCCUCAACACAUUAUGUUUAUAUGGAUCUUUCAUAGGGAUGAGUUUUGCCAAAGGUCAAAUUGGACCCUCUUUCCUGGAUCUACAAGCUAUCGCCGGAGUAGGACUAAAGGGUGGAUCUGGUAUGCUGACCACCAUGUAUGUGGGAUACAUGUCUGGUGCGGUAUUAGGCGGGAUGUUGUACGACAAAUUCCAACGAUCUCUCCUUUUAGCCUAUGCCAAGUUUCUAUUAGCUUGCGCGGCAAUAGCGAUACCCUGGUGUUCCAUAUACUGGUUGAUGGUGGUCGCUUUCUUCUUUCUAGGAGCGACAGUAGGGGCCACUGACGCCAUUGGUAAUGCUGAGCUACAGUUUAUCUGGGGUAAAGACGGUAAACGUUUUAUGCAGUGUUUACAUUUUAUGUAUUCGUUAGGCAUAGCUCUUACACCUCUGAUAACGAUCAUAUUCAUGGAAGAUGCCCCGAAUGGGAUGUCGCCGGAAAAACAGACCGUUCAAGAUGAUCAGAAUAGUAACUCGAUGUUAAAUUCAACAAACAGUCUUAAUUCCACCUACAUAUUUAACAAAUCGAUAGAGCUGGAUUUCUUACUUCAAAGUAACAUAUCUUACAAUGGAAGUAUUAAAUUUGACAGAAAACACGAAUUUGUGCGAAGUACCGAGUUAUAUAAAGCAUAUAUCAUUGCGGGUUGUGUAGUCAUGAUGAUGUUUGUGAUGCAAUUGAGUUUCUUUUGUCGUUAUGAUAGAAACUCAAGUAUGAAACAAAAAGAGGCCGAACAUGUGACAGAUACUAAAUCAACACUGCCAUUACUAAUAAAGAUCCAAGCCAUUCUUCACAUGGCGGGAAUAAUAGCUCUGAUUUGUGGAAUAGACGAAACCCAAGUUUCAUUUCUAACUACAUUCUGUGUCAAAGAAUUUGAUUGGACGAAAACCCAGGGCUCGCUGUUAACAUCUUUGACCUGUUUCGUCGUUGCGGGAGGAAGAUUUCUUGCGAUAUUUCUGGUUGGGAUAAUAUCCCCAAUAAAUCUGGUAGGGAUACAUUGUGUACUAACACUGCUGGUAUUUAUUGGAAUCUAUGUGUGUACAUUGUAUAAAUCUAAUCUUGGACUCUGGAUAGUCAUGCCAAUAUUCGGAUAUGCCAAGGCGCCGAUUUGUGCGUGUAUAUUCACCUGGACUGAUGAUGUUUUCUUGAAUGUCACUGGUAAAAUUUCAUCAAUUUUUUUCAUCGUUAUCACAACUAGUAUGGCGGUCAAUCCUUUAAUACUUGGUUUUCUGAUGGAUAAUUUUUCCAAUAUAUGGUUUUGCUACCUCUUUCUCGGCGAAAGUGUACUGCUCGUGUUGUUGUUUGGCUCCGCCUUGUUGCUUACAAGACGCGUAAAACAGGUUUACGGCUGCAAGCACGACCACAAAACUGAAGUGAAAAUAGCUGAAAACCUCUUAAACCAAAAUCAGAAGGCAGCAAAUCUAUAA